GGAAAUGUUCUUCUCGCUUCAGACAAAACAUCAACCUGAGCCUUCUGUUGAUGCCUUGCCAUAAUUUGAGGUAUUAUCUAUCUCUUAUCAUCUCUAACCUAUUAUUUCUGAGCUCGCUCUAGCUUUGAAGUUCUAGGAAGUUCUAACAAUGCUCAAAUAUCUCAGAUCUAAGCUGUUUAGAUGCGUCGUCUUGAGUUUAGCUGCUUUAGUUUCAGUUUCAGUUAAUUUAUUAUGGAAAGACGGCUCAUCUGAGCUUCCGUCUAGACGCUUGGAGCCUUUAGAAGAUGAGCAGUACAAGAUCAUCUCACCAGCCACCUAUAAAUACCAUAUAAACCACCCCAGGCUGUGUGAAGGGAGGAGACCUUUCUUAGUGUUCAUGAUUCCGGUUAGAGGUGAAGACAGACAAGCCAGAGACGCCAUCAGGAAGACAUGGGGACAAGAUAAUCCAAUUGUUCCAGACGUGGAUGUUGCAAGGAUGUUCUUCAUUGGACAGACAGGAGAAUCCAAUCCACGGCUUGAGGAACAUCUGCGCAAAGAAAGCGAAGUACAUCAGGAUAUCGUCUACGUAGAUUUUAUCGAUACGUACCAGAACCUCACCGUCAAGACGAUGAUGAUCAUGAACUGGCUGGCGACUUACUGUCCGUCAGCUCGAUACGCAAUGAAAGUGGACGCCGACAUCUUCGUUAACGUGCCUUAUCUUGUCCGCUACCUCCAGAACCAAGGUGAAUCUUCUCAGAAGGACUUCAUCACAGGCUCGGUCAUUAACGACGGGUGCCCUCGCAGGAACCAACGCAGCAAAUGGUACCUUUCCAAGGAAGCGUACCCAGAAAGCAGGUUCCCGCCGUACGUUUCCGGAGCCGGGUACGUGUUCUCCAUCGAUCUCGCCAAGAAGAUAUCGUGGGCUUCCAGAUACGUGCGCCCGAUACCCAUGGAGGACGUCUACGUGGGCUUGUGCCUCCACUUCCUAGACGUCCAGCCGGUCUUCUCCAGGACGUUCCUCCCUUACAGGAACCUGUUCGAGAUCCGGCACCUGGAGUACGACGCUUGCACCUACGCCCAGCGCAUCAUCGUGACUGGAUUUACUCCCAGCCAGCUGCUGAACAUCUGGACAGACUUUCAGAAAGACAGGUUGGCAUGCUGAUGCUAAAGCCUACAGUGUACAUCCUACAGCUGCUACUGACCUGCUGGUGCACUUGGUUGGUCUACAAUGGAAAUAAGGACUUUAUUAAAAUGCUGCUAUGAUACUAUUCAUGGAGUUGAAUGGAGAAUGUUUCAAGUACCAAAUAAAUUAAUAUAUAUAGGUAUAUGUUUGAAUAAAAUGAAUAUUCUUGUUUUAUUCUAUAAACUACAGACAAUAUUUUUUCCAAAUUCUAAAUGAAAAAACAAUGUAAAAUUUGAGCAUAAAUUUGCAGAAAAUAAGAAAUGAUUGAAAUAACAAAAAAAAAAUCAAAAGAGUUCAGAAAUUAAUAUUUGGUGGAAUAACCCUGGUUUUAAAUUACAGUUUUAAUGUAUCUUGGCAUCAUGUUCUCCUCCACCAGUCUUACACACUGCUUUUGGUUAACUUUAUGUCUGCACUCCUGGUGCAAAAAUUCAAGCAGUUCAUCUUGAUUUUGAUGGUUUGUGAUCAUCCAUCUUCCUCUUGAUCAUAUUCCAGAGGUUUUCAAAUUAGAUGUUUUUUUUAAUUAUUAUUUAUAUAUAGUAUUAAGUGCAUAGAUUUCAAAUGUAUGGCUAUAGCAUGGCUAUAGCAUGCUUUUCUUCUACUGUUAAAACAAAGCCAUUUAGGAGAUACAAGGAUUUUGUGUGAUGUUUUGUGACAAGGUAUUACUAUUACAGCAUCUGAAACUCUUUUAACUGUUGGUUUUAUUUAUUCCAAUCACUGUGUUAUUACACUGCGUUUGAAGCUACAUGUAAGUGUUAUAACGUGUUUAGAACUACAUUUUGCACUUUUCUUUUUCUGAUUUACAGGAUUCUAGUUUUAAAAAGUGGGAAAUAAACCUUUUUACAGUUAAUUGCAGGUAUUGAACAGAUGAGGGAGCUGUUUCUCUUUCAGCUGAUGUAACGACUCAUACUGAAUGAUGCAAUGAGGUGUUUACAGUAUACAGUAUAUAAUGUAGUGAAAACACUGCAGCAAAUAGUUUGAAUAGAGUGUACUGUAUUAUUUGUAUUUAUUACACUCAUGCACUAUGCUGUUAAAGUAACCUUAAUACACAGCAUUAAAGACUGCACAGAAGUUAUAUAAAGUAUUAUGAUAACACCAAAUUGUAUUUUUAUUAUAUUAUUUGUACAAUGAAAAUAAAUUCAUAAAAACAAAGAAAACACAUAACCAUAUUUUUCACACUAUAAGGGGCACUAUCAAUAACAAUUUUCCAGUCUAUUUUCAUACAUAAGGCACACCAGAUUAUAAGGCACAUUAGUAAGUUAAGUAAACAAAACUGUAAUUCUUAAAAAAUAAAAAAUAAAACAUUUUAGACUAGUCAAAUGAGAAUUUGAAUGCUAAUCUACACAGAUUUCUCUGCUGACAACUGUCUAUUUGGGUGAGUGAAGCACUUCUGUGCUUCUGUGAUUUUUGUAAGCUUUUUAUCAAGAUUUAAAGAGUUCUCUAAGGCUCUAAGCACUGAGGCUGGAGCAUUAGCAUUAGUGGCUAACCGCUGCCGUUCAGCACGUUUAGCAUUAGGUGCGAAACGCUUGUAGUUAGCCACUAAUGCUAAUGCCCCAGCCUUAGUGCUGGAAAAAUCUGUAAAUCUUACUAAAAAGCUUUAGGUGUUAAACUCAAUAUUAUCUAGCGGUUUGUCCCACGUAGCUUAUUUUAACACUACAAACAUGCAAACUACAGUUUGAUAUACUCGCCUCUGAACAGCAAAAGAGCUAGUGCUGUGGUUAGCAAGUAAUGCUAAUGCUGCUUCAGCAGUGCCAGCCGGGGUUAGCAGCAGUCUACAGGCCGCUAAUACUCACCUCUGAACAGCCAAAUAACUUGUAAUUAGCGCAGUUAGCAGCUAAUGCUAAUACUGCUGGAGAACUAAACUUAAACUCCUGUAUAACUCUGUACUUCCGCAUUACAACGUGACUGGUACAAUUCGUACAUAAUGCUCACUUUUUAUGAAAUGUAAAAGAUUUUAAGUGCACCAUAUAGUAAGACAAAUACGAUAAAUGAGAAAAUGUGUGUCAAGGUAAUAAAUGUAUUAAAUGGGC